AUGGAUUAACACUCUUAAUACUAUUCCACUCAACAAUUCUUAGAACCAAACAAAGACACAAACAAAUCCUAAAGAACUAAAUCAACUACAAACGAUCUAUUGACAAGCCCGAACAUAGUAUACAUAACUAGGGCCCAAUAGUAAUCUCAGCCUUAAAAAAGAUUGGAAUCUCAACAGCCAAUUCUGAAACCUUCCUAAUCCUCAUACAACGUAAAGGAAGUAGUGAAGGUGAUUGAACCUGAUGAAUUAAUCUUUUAUCGGAAUAGGUGUUCCUUUUAGGAAAAAUAAUUGUAGGACUUGUAGACUGAAUUACAUCGUAUAAGAUCAACAGCGUAAGAAAGAGUUACUUAUAUUGAAGAUACACAUAGAAUUUAACUAUUAGAAGCCAAUUUAUAAUAAUACCAGCAAGAAUGUAAUCGAAUGAAUAAUCUAUUAAGAGAGGCUGCAAACGAAACAGAAUAAUUAAAAUAGAAAAACCUUCAAUUAUCUCAAUAAUUAUUUUAGUUUCAGUAAUAGCAAAUUGAAUUUGAUAAAUUAAAAAGGAAUACUUAAGAAACAGAUCAAUAUUGGCAAAAUGAGAUAUAAAGAUUGAAUGUGUUAGUGUCUUAAAGUCAAUCUUAGUUACACUAAUUGUAAAGGACAUUGAUUGAGACAAAGAAAUAUGAAUAAAUGUAUCAUUAACAAUAACCAAUUUAAACUUAAUUGGCUAUGGAAUUGGAAAGAACUUCAUCAGUAUUAAAAGCAAAGGUUGAAGAGUAUGAUUAAUAAAAACAGACUUAUAUUAAGGAGAUAGAAAUUUUGUCAAGAAGAAUAAAAGAUUCAGAAUCUGAACUUAAGGAUUUAAGAAUUCGUGAGUCUAAUUAAAAAUAAUCGAUUGAUGAAUUGAGUAAGGAAAACAAUUAAAUAACUGAAAAGUUUAUGAAUGAAAUUAGAAACAAGAAUGAUGAAAUCUAAAAACUUCAAUAAAUUAUUUAGACUUUAUAAUUGACCUUAUAGGAUACAUCGAAGUACCAAGAGUAUGAAAUCAGAUCAAAGAUGUAAAAUGAAGAAAUCCAUAAUCUUAAUUAAAGGAUUAGAAUAAAAUAAGAUGAAACAGAUAAGUUAAAAUAAUAAUUAUUGAUAUUCCAAAGUUAAAUUUAGGAAUAUCAAAAAUAUACAGAAUACGAAAUGAAAUAUUAAAAUCUGGCAUAAGAAUACGAUAGAGUAAAUAAUUCCUUAAUGAUCAAAUUAUAAGAGAAUGAUUAGUUGAGGAAUUGCAUUUCUAAAUUAUAAAUCACUUUGAAUGAUCAUUACAAGAUUGAAGAAUAUGAAAAUAAAAUAGCUUUAUAGAGUUAAGAAAUCGAUCGUCUUCAUUAAUGUGUAUAAACAAAAUGUGAAGAAAUCGAAAAACUAAGUUAUGAGAGCAUGAGGGCCAACUCUUUAUUAAGAACAAAAAAUGAUGAAAUUGAUAGUCUUAAAUAUAAGGUUUAGGAUACUUAAUAAUUGAAAGAAUACUAAUAGAAGGUUUAAAUGUUGAAUGUAGAAGUGGAAAGACUGUCAAGUUAAUUGAGGAGUAAGAAUGAGGAAAUGGAAAAGCUCAGAUAAUACUUGGGAUAGUUUUAAUUGUAAGAGGCUAAUAAGAUAUAAGAAUUAGAACAAAAGAAUGUAGUUUAUUAAACUGAAAUUGAGAGAUUGAGUAAUUUGUUAAAGGUGAAAUUAUCAGAGAACGAAUAGAGCAAAUAAUAAAUUCAAUAUUUAUAAGAAGAGAAUGAUCAACAGAAAUCUAAAUUAUUGACUUAAUAAGAGAAUCAAUAAUACACUGAGAAAAUCACCGUUUUGACUCAAGAGGUUGAUUCUUGGAAGAAUCAAUUCAUUAAUCUUAAUAGAGAAUAUCACAAAUAAUAGGAAUAGUUAAUGCUUUCAAAUGCAGAGUUGGAUACAUUAAAGAAAUAAAGAACUAAUUCGUUUAAACUGGAUUCUUAUGAGACUAUGAAAGAAAACUCAUCUCUUUCUGCCUUCUAAUAUGGUACUCUCACUUUAAGAAAUAUUUGA